GUAAUGAGUGUGUUAAAGCUUUCACAUGUGCCAAUUAUCAUUCCAGGCAUGUAAGAAGUCAUAGGUGGAAGAAUCUCUAUGAAUAUAAUCAAUGUGGUAAAGCCUUUGCAAGACCCAGUCAUCUCCAAUGUCAUAAAAGAACCCAUACUGGAGAGAAACCUCAUGAAUGUAAUCAUUGUGGUAAAGCCUUUUCCUGUCACAGUAGUCUCAGAUAUCAUAAAAGAACCCAUACUGGAGAGAAACCUUAUGAAUGUAAUCAAUGUGGUAAAGCCUUUUCCUGUCACAGUAGUCUCAGAUAUCAUAAAAAAACCCAUACUGGAGAGAAACCUUAUGAAUGUAGUCAAUGUGGUAAAGCCUUUUCCCGUCCCAAUAGUCUCACAUAUCAUAAAAGAAUCCAUACUGGAGAGAAACCUUAUGAAUGUAAUCAAUGUGGUAAAGCAUUUGCAAGACCCAGUCAUCUCCACCGUCAUAAAAGAACCCAUACUGGAGAGAAACCUUAUGAAUGUAAUCAUUGUGGUAAAGCCUUUGCAAGACCUGCUGGUCUCCAAUGUCAUAAAAGAACCCAUACUGGAGAGAAACCUUAUGAAUGUAAUCAAUGUGGUAAAGCCUUUUCCUGUCACAGUGGUCUCAGAUAUCAUAAAAGAACCCAUACUGGAGAGAAACCUUAUGAAUGUAAUCAAUGUGGGAAAGCCUUUUCCUGUCACAAUAGUCUCAGAUAUCAUAAAAGAACCCAUACUGGACAGAAACCUUAUAAAUGUAAUCAAUGUGGUAAAGCCUUUGCAACAUCCAGUUAUCUCCAAUGUCAUAAAAGAACCCAUACUGGAGAGAAACCUUAUGAAUGUAAUCAAUGUGGGAAAGCCUUUUCCCAUCACAAUAGUCUCAUAUCAUAA